AUGCCCUCCGCUUUCGGACUCAACGAAAUGAAGAAAGGUUAUUUCCCUCACUUUUUUAAUACGGAACAGAACCAGAAUUACGUGGGACCUUAUCCACCGGCAGCUUUCUACAAUCCUGACGAAAUGACUACCAGUGGACGACAAGCUUUUUACGAAUGGUACGACCAACAGAGGGGAAAAGUGUUUGAUUUCCAGAAAGAGUUUGUAGGGUAUUGUAUCUCGGACGUCGACAUUUUACACCAAUGCUGUGCACAUUUUAGAAGCACCCUCAAGAAGUUGGUCAACGUGGACCCUUUCCAGGAAUCCAUCACGUUUGCCAGUGCUGCUAAUUUAGCGUACCGUCGAAAUUUCAUGCCUAAAGACAGCAUUGCCAUCAUUCCGAACCUCGGGUAUGAACCGGCACGACAAUAUUCGGCCAAAGCCUGUCGAUGGCUCACCUGGAUGAGUCAUCAGAAUGGAUGUCACAUACGACAUGCCAGAAACGGAGGCGAAGUCCCGAUCGGAAAUUAUACCGUCGACGGAUACCAGGAAGCGACUCGUACCGUCUACGAAUUUUACGGGUGUUAUUGGCACGGAUGCCCCACUUGCUAUCCCAGUUUACAGACGGAAACUCAUCCUCACCGGACCCAAUUUACUUACCAACAAUUACACGAGAAAACUCUCAGAAGGACUGCGGAUUUAAAGGACAUGGGGUACAACGUGUGUAGUAUCUGGGAGCACGAUUUCGAUCAACAAGUGCAACAAGAUGAGAGUUUACAGCAAUUUGUACGAGAUCUGGACAUUCCCGAUCCUUUGAAACCUCGAGAAGGGCUGUACGGAGGCCGGACCAAUGCCACUAAAUUAUAUUGUGAAGAAGGGGACAUGAGAUACGUGGACGUGUGUUCCUUAUACCCUUACGUGUUGAAACACAGACCUUUUCCCCUAGGGCAUCCCGAGAUCAUCACAGACGACUUCCAGGACGUGAGAAGUUAUUUCGGUCUCAUUCACUGUCGGGUCUUACCACCCCGAGGCCUCUUUCACCCCGUAUUACCUUAUCGGACGGGAGGUAAGUUAUUAUUUCCCUUAUGUCGCACGUGUGCCCAACAACAAGACUCUACGUCUCAACACCCAUGUCAACACACCGACCGGGAACGUAGUCUCACGGGUACUUGGGUGACGAGCGAAUUACAUAAAGCCUUGGACAUGGGCUAUACCUUAGAGCGAACUUACGAAGUGUGGCAUUUCAAAGAAAGCAAUCAAGACUUAUUUAAAGACUACAUCAAUACCUUCCUCAAGAUCAAACAGGAAGCGUCCGGAUUUCCCCCCGAGUGUAAGACCUCAGAACAAGAACAAGAUUACAUUCGACAAAUGUUACGACAAAGAAGGAUUCAUGAUGGACAUUCUCAGUAUCAAGAAGAAUCCAUCAGAUACUUGGACGAAGUAGAGGAAUUACAUCAACUCUUACAAAAUUCGACUCUCGACAUCAAGGGUGUGCGACUCUUAGUCAAUAAAGAAGAUUCCAUUGAAGACAAGAUUCUAGUGAAUUUUCAAGACAAACAGGAAUUCGUCGAAGAAUGUCCCUUUGGAAACGUGAUCCUGGCUUGUUUUACCACCGCCUAUGCCCGCUUACAUCUCUACGAGACUUUAAAACCUUUAGAAGAACGGGGGCUUUAUUUCGAUACGGACAGUAUCAUUUACCAACAUAAGGAAGGAGCUUUUAAUCCUACCUUGGGUCAUAGUUUAGGAGAAUGGACCGACGAAUUAGACGGGGAUCACAUCACCAAAUUCAUGUCGGCAGGUCCUAAAAAUUAUGGUUUCCGGACGGACAAAGGAACCGAGGUUCAUAAAUGCAAAGGAAUCACUCUCAACCAUCGAACCUCUCAGUUGGUGUGCCCAGAGACUUUAGAAAAAAUGCUCAAGGGAGAAAUAGAGGAAGUAAAAGUCCCCUAUCCCAGCAAAAUCCAGAGGACCCGUGAUUAUGAGGUGGUGAACAAACCUUCAGAGAAAACAGUUAGAAUUGUAUAUGACAAGAGACAAAUUGUAGAGAAUUAUAACACUUUACCUUAUGGUUAUUGA